GAAUAAAGACACUUUAUGAAAUUACUUUAUUACACUUUUUGUAUAAAAAUAACUUGCCACAUACAAAUACAAAAUAAGAUAAAAAUAAUGCUAAAUCAUAUAAUCCCAAAAACUAUGGGGUAUAUGAAACCAGAAAUUAGGCAAAGAAAAAUGGCGGGUAUGUGUUGCUAUAGUAGCCUUUCACAGACACUCAUCAAUAAGAAAUUGCAAGGUGGUUAUUACUGCUGCUCCCCUGCACCCAAUAAUCAGAAGGUGAAAACCCAAACACCCAAGUUGUUGAAAAUUGCAGUCAGUGGUGUCACUGAACUACUCAGACUCCUCUCUUCAUCAACAACAAACAGAUUGGGGAUAUCUGAUGAUGAAGGGGGUGGAGAGCCUUUGGUUUAUAAUGUAGAAGAUGUCCUCAAGAUUAUCAAGUUAGAUUAUGAGAAGGCUUAUUUUGUUACAGGCCUCUUCACCAGUGGAAUUUAUGCAGAAGACUGUGUCUUUGAAGAUCCAACUAUAAAAUUCCGUGGAAGGGACUUGUAUUCCCGCAACUUGCAAUUGCUGGUACCGUUUUUUGAUAGUCCAUCAAUCAAAUUAGAAAAGAUUGAGAAGGGUAAUGAUUCUAAUGCAGGGGUCAUUGUGGCAUACUGGAAACUGAGAACAUCCCUCAAACUUCCAUGGCAGCCUCUCAUCUCUGUUGAUGGGAAAACGGUCUAUGAUCUGGAUGAACAACUCAAAAUUGUUAAGCAUGUUGAGAGCUGGAACAUUUCUGCUCUUGAAGCCGUUGGCCAGAUUUUUACGCCUGGUUUGAGGAGCUCUGGUGAGUGAAAUUCUACAGAGAAAAAUGUUCUUUAGCUGAUAUUCUUUAUAGAAGACUCGUGAAAAAUCAGAUGUUUCUAUUUGAGCUUCAAUUACAGCAUGUAUACUCUGAUCUUAGAUCUACCUCUUAGGCUCUUACAGUUUACGCACAGCUUGAGUUGGAUACACAGUUAUAUAGGUAAUAAAUAGGUGAAGUGAUUUCUCUUGACAUCUAUUUAUCGUAAUUACUCAUUUCACUAUAUCUUUAUUAUGUAAAUUUGACUUGCAUCAUUCUUGCCUCCGGAUCGAGAUCUCGAUGACCCUUCAAAGGCAAUUGCAAUAGCUUUUCCACCUGCAUGAUUCUGGAAUUCUUCAGUCCUCCAUUGAUACUUUCCUUGUGUAAUGAUACCAUUGUUACUUUGAUAAACUAUUGCAAUCAUGCUUUGUCUGUGUGAAUUUGAUCCUGAAACAAUCUUAGAUAUCUCCUAACAUCCUCGCAUCCAGCCACGCUUUUCACAUGGAACGUAUAAACACUUAACUUCUGUCUCGCUCCACUUGCACUUUGUGGUUGUAGUUAUCGCCUCGUUUCUUCUCCAACAAUGGCUGCUCUUUCAUAGUCAUUGUUCUUGAAUUUGUCAGUGGUAGUUCCACAGAAACUGUUCCAAGUGACUUGGUAAGAACCAACUCAAUUCCAGGAGCAAAAAUAGGGGAAAAUCAUAACUAAUCUGAGUAACUGAACCAAAAAAAUAUCAAUUACAGGAACUAACAAAAUUACAGGUUUCUGUUAUUACAAUUUAAUACUCACAAAUAAUCUGAAUAACUGAACCAAAAAAAAUCAAAUUAAUAUUCAUUAAUCCUUCCUCCAUGCAUACAAUAACAAAGAAAAUCCCUCAUUACUCCCAUAUGACCUUAUAGAUGACCAUGAACUCCUUCCACAUUCACUGUUCUCCUCUGCCCACUGCAACACACUAGAGCACGAUGGCGACGGCGACAAAGAGACAGACAGUGGUGUCGACAUCGUUCCAGCUGUUGCCGACAAACUUUUCCUCAUCAAUUUCUUCUCGGCGCCACCCAUUUCUGGCCAAACACCACCAUCACCUACUUGGAACACAAAAACACCAUGUUCAUGUCCAUGCCUAAAUUUAUGAUUGUCACAGUUUUUAUUUACCCAAUUGAAGACAUCCCAGAAAAAGGUUACCUCUACUUGACCAACUAAAAUUCUUUCAUUGCCCCUAAAUUUCCAACCUAUUCUUUUCACUACAAGACUUGUUUUCCCAUCCACUUUCACUUUCAACACUCCACCCGCACAUUCUAUCACAAAUUCAUGUUUAACCCCCAUAAUCCGAGCCCGUGUAGUAUAACGCCUCCGUCCAAACACAUGUUCUCUCCUCGACAACAAAGUCAGGUCUCCCGUGCAACAUCCUGAUACCAGCCUGGCCUGUCCCGUCAAUUCCGUCAACAUAUCACCAAGGAAAAACUCCAGUCUUGCAUUGCAGGUAAUUGCAAUGUAAAAACACCCCUCAGGCUCUGCCGAGUUUUGAUUGAACUUGGCGCGUGUGAAGUCCCAAUGGACCUUCAUCUUCUUACGGUCAUGUAAUUGGACCGGAUGCACUGAUUUUGAUCCUGGCCGUGCCUUGAAUAUGGCGAAAGACGAUUGGUGGAGUGGAAUGGUGAUGGAGAAAAGAUCAGGUGCAUGAACUAACAAAGAAUGUGAAAACAGGUUCUUGGACCAAGUGAGUGUAAGAUAAACAGGUGAACCACAAAUCUGAGCUUGGUAAAUACAUGUAACAAGAUUUUGAGGCACUUGUGAAGGAGGAGGAGAUUCAGAAGUUGUUUCUGAAUCCUCAGAAUUAUGAGGAAUAUUAAAACAAGCAGGUAUCAUAUUCUUCAUCCUAAACAAAACACUAGUACUAAAUGUUGGAAUCAAGAGUUGGAGGAUUUUGGUUUAAUGAAGUUAGCCAUAUUAAUGUUUUGUAUUAUAUGAGGUGGGGUUUUAUGUUAGAGCUUGAUUGGCGCCAUUGAAAGAGAUAGAAAGCUAUAUAGAUAGAUUUUUGUUCUCUUCUUCAUGAUGAGUAUAUAUAUGUAUGUGAGCUGGGAGGCAUUAGCAAACUUCAAGACUUUCUUUUUGCUUCAAAGUCACCAUAGCAGGUAACACUGACUUGAUUUUUUA